AUGCUAGGAUAUCCAAUUGUUUUUCGAUGUUGUGAGUGUACAGUAGAAGAGCGUGAGUGAUUUUCAGUCUAAAAUCUGGAAAAAAUCAAUAAAUCAUUUUCAGCGAACCUGGAAAACUUGGAAAGUCACAUUUGGAGUCGUCACUUCAGGAAAUUCCCCUACAAUUGUUCGAUUUGCGAUUUUCCGGCGAUAAAUUCAUCAAGUCUACAGGAUCAUUUCAGUCACCUUCAUCCCGAAGUCGAAUUUGUGGAUUUCAAGCGAAAUUUGGAGGACGAGAAGCGAUUGCGGCAAAUGGUUGCGGAAAGCAUUGCGGUACUCGUCGAGACGCAAGACAACACGUGUACAAGUGCGGCGUCGAGUGGCGCGCAAACUGUCGGCGAGCCGCGCGUCUUCCGCACCGCAAGGAAAGCGUUGCCACAAGCGGUGUUUGUGGAGGAGGUGGCGACGAAUUCGGAUGAAGAUGAUUUCGGGCUGCUGGAAGAUGAUGAAAAUGUGGAUUUGGAUGAGGAUUGUGAAGAGGAAGAGGUUGUUGGAGGAUAUGUGGAUAAUAUGGGAAAUGCCAUAUUUAUGGGUGGGAAUUUUAUGGAGGAAGAAGAGGAGGAGGAAGAUGAAGAUGAACAAAUUGGCACCGGAAAUAGUUUUGUGAGUACUUAUUUUCAAGUAAAAUCUUAAAAAUCGCAAUUUUUAAUCAGAAAUUCGUGAAAAAACGCUAUUUCUGAAAAAAAUAAUAGAAAUUUUGCAAUAGAAAUCUCGACAAAAAUGAAGAUUUUCAAGUUUUUGAAUAAAAAUCCUUCAAAAUUGAUGGAAAACAGCAAGUUUUUCUUGAAAUUCUGUCAAAAAUCCCAAAUUUUUCAGCAUCUCAAGCUUCUGCGACAGCGGCGCCUCGAAAAAACAAUAAAUGACGUGGCAAGCGAGGGAGCCAUGUCGAUUCCAUCAACUUCGAGAACAAUUAUGCAGAGUAGUACGGUAAGUCCAGGCCUAAACUUGGGCCUAAAUUUAGGCCCAAGCCUUAUUCGGUCUCAAAAAAUUCGCAUUCUUCUCCAGGAACCUCAAGGCUCUCAAACAUCUCCCAACAAGCAAUCAGCGCCUGGAAAAUCCUCAAAAUCCGCGCGUCUUCAAUGCGAAAUGUGCGGAAAGAACUUCAAAUUCGCCUCAAAACUCAACGAACAUCGACGAAGUCAUUUAGGAGAACGACCGUUCAAAUGCGAUUUUUGUCCCGCCGAAUUUACGCAGAAAGGUGCGCUCAAUGUGCAUUCGCGGCUUCAUACCGGCGAAAGACCGUAUAUGUGUCAGUGGGAGUGCGGAAGAUCGUUUGUCUCGUCGUCCGCGCGGAAAUUGCAUGAAAAAACGCAUAGGUAUGGGAGAAUUCGCUGUAUUUUGGUAUUAAAUGUGCUCUAUUGAGAAUUUUCGGUACCAAAAUUUGAAUUUGAAGCAAAAUUUAAAAAUUACAAAAAAAAACUAGAAUAAAUUUGAAGAAUUCUGAUUAAAAAAUCAAAAAUUUAUGCAAAAACCCGAUUUUUUGAUAGCAAACAUGAAAAUGCGCUCUGAUGAGAAUUUUGGCGCGAAAUCUAGAAAAUUUGAAUUCACAAGUCCCGCCUUUUUCUGCAACCCUGGCACGAUUUUUUUGCGCGUGCAAAUAACUACUUUUGGACACCAAUCAAGCAAAUACGCUCUAAGUAGAAUUUCGGCGCGAAAUAGUGAAAUUUUGAAUUUUUAACGACAAUUUUAAGCUCCGCCCCUUUUUGCAAUCCUGGCACAGUUUUUUUCUGGUGGGAAAUUCAAAUUUUAAGAAAAAUUUGAGCAAGCUCCGCCCUUUUUUGCAACCCUGGCACAGUUUUUUUUAAGAAAAACAACGUGCAAAAAUGCCACGUCAUAGCUCAAAAAAUUAUCGAUGUUUUUUGGUAUUAAAUAUGAAAAUGUGCUCUAUUGAGAAUUUUUUGGUACCAAAAUUUGAAUUUGACGCGAAAUUUUAAAAUUACAACAAAAAACUCGAAUAAAUUUAAAGAAUUCUGAUUAAAAAAUCAAAAAUUUAUGCAAAAAUCCGAUUUUUUGAUACCAAACAUGAAAAUGCGCUCUGAUGAGAAUUUUGGCGCAAAAUCUAGAAAAUUUGAAUUUUCCAAGAUAUUCACAAGUCCCGCCUUUUUCUGCAACCCUGGCACGGUUUUUGCGCGUGCAAAUAACUACUUUUGCACACCAAUCAAGCAAAUACGCUCUAAGGAGAAUUUCGGCGCGAAAUACAGAAUUUUUGAAUUUUAACGAAAAUUUUAAGCUCCGCCCCUUUUUGCAACCCUGACACGGUUUUUUGGGCGGGAAAUUCAAAUUUUGAGAAAAACUUGAGCAAGCUUCGCCCUUUUUUGCAACCCUGGCACAGUUUUUUUAAAAAAGAAAAACAACGUGCAAAAAUGCCACGUCAUAGUUCAAAAAAAUAUCGAUGUUUUUUGCAGUGGAGAACGCUCAUUCGCCUGUACAAUUUGCAUGAAAACAUUCACCAAAAAUUCGCACUGCUUACGUCAUUUCAGGGUGAGUUUUGCGUCAUUUUUGGCGCGAAAAUUUGAAAAUUUCAAAACAUUUUUGAUUGCAGAACAUCCAUGGCCGAGUUUUGGCGGUGGCGGCCGAGAAUUCCUACGAGAUUGCAAAUUCGGCCGCCGGCGGAACUUUGGAGAUCACUAUGAAUGUGAUGAGCAAUGAGGAUGUUGUGCUGGGCGAUGAGAAAUAUCGAUGUUUGGUGAAUGAUGUGAUUGGUGAGGGUUUUUUUGACGCGAAAAUUUGAAUUUUUAAAUUUCGCGCCAAAUUUUAAUCCUAUGAUUCAUUUCCUCAAUUUUCGCCCUCUCAUUAAAAUCCCGUAAGGUGAAAUUUAUUUAGAAAUGUUCAUUUCUCCCGGUCAUGUGAAAUUCUGAUAAAUAUAUAUUUAUCAAAAAUGCUUCAUUUCUUACCUACACGUGUGGUGUAGGCGGGGAAAGCUCUGCCUUCCAAUCAGGCAACCCUCCUUCUUUUGUGGGUUCGAGCCCCACUCGGGAAAAAUUUUUCCCUAUAUCGAGUAAUGCAGAUUUUCGGAAAUUUUGUUCCUUUCUCUCCAAAAUUGCGAAAAUUCGACAUUCCAACGCGGCAAAAAAAGAAAAAAGAAGAUGGAAUAAGAAGGGCUCAAAAAUAAAGAGAAAAUCGAGAAAAUAUCCUGCGUGACCCAUGAACGAAAAAGCCUGAUUCUUCAGAUGCUAUUGGCAUUGUUCAAGAAUUCCUAAUUCCUAACGGGUCAAGAAUAUUAUUUAAGUCUUCAAUACGAAAAAAAAAAUAUUAAAUAAGUUUUUUUUUUUGAAAAAUUUAUUGAUGACGUCAUCCAUGGCAAAAUUAGGAAGCCUUCCUAAUUUUGCCACGAAUCAUUUUUUGAUCAAAAAUUUCAAGAUUUUUCAUGAAUUCAAUUGUAAUUCGUGUGAUUUACCUCUUACGAGUAAAUUUAAUUCAAAAAAAUAAUUAAAUAAGUUUUUUUCGAAAAAUUUAUUGAUGACGUCAUCCAUGGCAAAAUUAGGAAGCCUUCCUAAUUUUGCCACGAAUCAUUUUUUGAUCAAAAAUUUCAAGAUUUUUCAUGAAUUCAAUUGUAAUUCGUAUGAUUUACCUCUUACGAGUAAAUUUAAUUCAAAAAAAUAAUUAAAUAAGUUUUUUUUCGAAAAAUUUAUUGAUGACUUCAUCCAUGGCAAAAUUAGGAAGCCUUCCUAAUUUUGCCACGAAUCAUUUUUUGAUCAAAAAUUUUAAAAUUUUUCAUGAAUUCAAUUGUAAUUCGUGUGCUUUAUAAUUUUUUGAAUCAACCGAAAAAAAUCGGCCCGAGUUUUUUCAAAAAAAUCGGCCCGAGUUUUUCCAAAAAAAAAUCGACCCGAGUUUUUUUUUAAGUGAAAACAAAUCGGCCCGAGUUUUUUUUUAAAAAAUCGGCCCGAGUUUUUCCAAAAAAAAAUCGGCCCGAGUUUUUCCAAAAAAAAAUCGACCCGAGUUUUUUUUUAAGUGAAAACAAAUCGGCCCGAGUUUUUCCAAAAAAAUCGGCCCGAGUUUUUCCAAAAAAAUCGACCCGAGUUUUUUUUUAAGUGAAAACAAAUCGGCCCGAGUUUUGUUUGACAAAAAUACCCGCCCAAAUGAAAAUUUCGAUUUGAGCGGGUAGCUGACAAAAAUUGAAGUUUUUAUUUUCGUGUAUACAGUCAACAAAAAAGUAACAGAUUUGGAAUAAUCCAAAAAUGUAAACAUGAAAUCGAUGAGUUGCGACCUAAAUGACACUUCCUCUCAGGCUUAGGCUUAGUAAACAACUCAGAACCAACUUUGAAGCUAAAAAAAAUUGAAAGAAAAUUUUUAACACUGUUAAAAAAACGAGAAAAUUUAGAAUUUCAUCCAGAAAUGAAAUUAUUGUCUCCAAACCGAAAUUUCUGUUUGGAGACGGUAAUGUCUAUAAUUAUGCAAAUAAAAAAAGAGAUUCAAUUAUGUUUUAUGAAAAAUAGUUUGAUGACUUUAUCCAUGGCAAAAUUAGGAAGCCUUCCUGAUUUUGCCACGAAUCAUUUUUUGAUCAAAAAACUUGAAAUUUUUCAUGAAUUUGUUUUCCACAGAAAAUUGAAAAUAAUCACAGAAAAAAGUGAAACUGAAAAAAAUGAGAAGACUGUUACGCCUGGGGGCUAACAGCCCCUAGUCCCCGAUUUUUUUUUUGAAAAAAAAAAAUGAAAUCCAGGUAGAAAAAGUUCAAGAACUAAUUUUCGGAGCGAAAAUUGUACAUUUCAAAAAUUCGAAAUUUUUUUUCAGAUUCUGUACGCGGCGAAAAAUACAUUCGAAAUUGUGAAGAAGAAGUAGUAGAACUUGAAGAGGAAUAA